AUGCGCCGUCGAGAGCGAGGACGACGCUCACAGGCAGCAUUUCGCAAGCGUCAGGCCAAGUCCACACAAGCACUGAUAGAUCAAAAUUCUCGUUUUCGAAACGGUGUACAAUUACUGCUCGAGGAAGCCCGGGGCGAUGAUAGACCUGAGAUGCUCAGAAUUCUACGGGACUUGGCUGAUGCAGCCGAUCUUGACAUCCCGGUAACAUUGUCGGGCAACGCUUCCGAGACAGCAACUAAAUUGACGAACACAACUCCAGAAGGUUUCGACGCUUUCGAAAUGAGUCUGGUACCAAGACAGAUCAUUGACAUACCGUUGAACCUGGAUACCUUCCCCGCAGCAACUACCACCCAAUAUCGUCUGGAUUGCAGUGUAUGGCUAGACCCAUUGCACUACCUUCGUGUCUCAAUACCACCUCAAGACCUUCUUCCUUAUAUCGGUCCCGGUGCAGAGACCUUUGCGGGACUUCUCUUCUGGUCCGUCAUGGAACAUAGUCAGAGCGGCUGCUCACACCAUGAUGCCAUGUCCAACGUAAAGGCAUGCCUUGGCCACUCCUCUGUCACGCGCGAUAUCAAACCGACCUUUAUCCAAACCAUGGCGAGGGCAAGAAUAGAGUACAAAAAGACUGGUUCCAUCAGUCAGGAACAUGCAGUGGGUGGGGAAGAUGACCUGGGCCUGGUGUUGUCUCGGUUUGUUUCGGAGACGGACCUCGCUGGGAUGUAA